AAAACAAAAUCUACUUGUUAAUUUUUUUGUUCUUAUCUACAAAACCUAAAUUUUCUUCCUUGUUUUUGACUUUGGAAACACUUCUUAUUUUAACCUUGGGUAGAAUUUUGUUCUGUCUUGCAUGUUUUGACUGGAAGCUUGAGAUCUAUGAAGGAACACACUUUCUAGAAAAACAUUGUUGAAAAACGAAUUAAAUUUGAAUUUCAUUGUAUGUAAAAAACUUAUUUACAUAUCCCUAUUGCGUACUAAAUGUGGAGACAAAUGAAGUCUAAAAGAAAAGGUUUCGACGCACGGUGAAGCAUUCUUAUUUCUUCCUCUUAAAACAUUUCAAACUUUCGUACCAGAGCCUUGACCCACAGCUUGAAUAUGAAUCAACUUGAUACUGGUGCAAUAUGCCUCUUUUCUACAAUUAUGGGCCUCAUGGCCCCCAAUUAUUUAUGUCUGUGAAAUGAAAGUUCCUUAAUUUCCACAUGUAGAGAUCAUUAUUGCCAGAUGACGUAAUAUUGGUGAUGUCACUCUGUUAUUGAUCGUUGUCAGCAACUAAGGGUUAAGGAGGAUUCAUGCAAACUGGUUGAUUGUUAUAGUUUGAUUAAAAUAAUCUAACAGUACUACGUUAAAAAUUAUUGGAAAAUUUGCUAUAAUAAAAUUAAUUUAUAUAAUUUUAAUUCAUUCAAUUCGACGAUUAAAAAUUGAUAAGAGUGUGUAACAGAUAAAAAAAUGUGUGUAAAUAGUACCACUCUUUCAUUAUUUGGUUGUUGAAAUAGAAAUAAGGAUAUGAACGAUUGAAUGAUAGAGACAGAUGAUUGAAAUGCCUAAAGUACCCUAGUUGAAUUAUAUAGUUGUCUUUGCAAGCUAAAUUGAGGUUGCUCCUCCAUUCCACCACAAACAUUGUCCAGGGCAAAUUCUUCUGACUGGAUUUUCUCUCAUCGCUUUCAUUCCCAGAGGCCAGUAAGCCCAUCUCGCAGCAAUUAUUAUUGCGCUAUUGAGAGAAUAUUCCACAACAUUUCUCUCAUUAACAUCAUAAGUUACGAAGGCUAGCACAAUAUCAAGGCUCUUCCAAAAUUGCGUUGUCAGACUGUCAAGUCAUUAAUUGGAGAACUAGUAUCAACCACAUGUUUACAGGUGAGGAAAGAUAAGGGUAGGUAGCUAACAUAACUCACGUCAUUAAUUUAAUUGGUGAUUUAAACACGUUCAACAGAAACAUAUUGAAGAAGAAAUGGUUAUAUAUAGCCAGCCUAUAAUUGUGCUAUUGUUAAAAGAAAAUUUAUAUAUCAUCUACCAGAGGAGCUAUGUAUUGAGUUUUCUUAGUCAUCUACAAGAGGCAAAUUCAACGUGCAAACUUGCUUGUUUUCUUGUAUACAAAGCAGAUCUUCUUGUCGAUGUACUUCCCCGACGUGGAAUUCCUCUUCACAUCCUCUUGGCUUGUUUUGAUCCAAAUUUACACCACCACAUGGCUCCACCUGAGCAGUCGAAGAUGAAUUAAAAGUGAUCAUUAUCUCAUUGUCAGCAAUUACGAUUUGGAACAACAAACACAUCAACAUUAAAUGGAAAGAAGCAACGAAGCUCCACAAAACCCUGGCAUUCAGUUAGCAACUUCAAUGAGUGAAGAGUUGGGUGAUUUGACUCGCUUGUCCGCUUCGUGUUGCAUCUACAAAGUUCCUGAACGACUACGGUGUGUAAAUGAAAAGGCCUACACACCUCAAGUAGUCUCUAUAGGUCCGAUUCACCAUGGUAAGAAAGGCUUAGAAGACAUGGAAGAACACAAGAAGAGGUACCUGCAGCAUUUUUUAAAUCGGACUAAGGUCAGCUUGGAAGUUUAUGUAACGAAAAUACAGGUCAAGGAACCGGAACUGCGCAGUUGCUAUGCGCACAACAUUGGGUUGAGCAGUGAUGAAUUUGUAAGAAUCAUUCUUGUGGAUGCCGCCUUCAUCAUUGAGCUCUUAUUGAGGUAUUGUUCCCCUAUCCAGCUGGAGAGCAAUGACGGCAUCCUUAACAAACCAUGGUUGAAAAAGUUUAUAAUACCUGACAUGCUUUUGCUCGAAAAUCAGCUGCCAUUUUUCAUUCUUGAGGAUCUCUUUGCCACUGCGGAGGUGCUGGCGAUGAUGCCUUCAGUAUUUGUCCUCUCUUACAUUUUCUGCAUGGAAUCAACGAGUUUACAUGUAAAAAGAGACGAUUCGGGAUCUUUUUCUAGUUUUAAAGUAGAGCAUUUUGUUGAUUUGAUUAGAACUUUACAUCUACCAACGGAGGAAGAGAACUCAAAAUAUCAAAGGCCAUUCGAAGCUUCACCUGUACCCAGCAUGACGACACUACACCAGGCUGGAGUCAAGUUUAAGGCAAGAUCAAGCAAUAAUCUAUUUGAUAUACGUUUCAAAGACGGAAGUUUGGAAAUUCCAAAUCUAAUGAUAGCGUAUUCCACGGAGCUUUUACUCCGAAACCUUAUUGCCUUUGAGCAAUGCCAUUGCGAUUGCAACUACUUCAGUGAUUAUAUCUUCCUCAUGGAUAAUUUGGUGAACACCCCAAAUGAUGUGGAAUUGCUUGUCAAGAAUGGAAUUGUUGAAAAUCUGCUUGGUGACAAGAAUAAGGUAUCUACUCUGAUUAACAGCCUUGGCAAAGGUGUUGUGUUUGACAAAGCAUCAUUCUAUUAUGCUACUCUUACAGCGGACAUCAACAAGUACUACAAAAAGCCGUGGAACGAAUGGAAGGCAAAUCUGAAACAAAAAUAUUUCAACACAACUUGGGAUACUAUUUCUGUCAUUGGUGCUCCUAUAGCGAUCAUACUCACUUUCGUACAAACGGUGUGUUCUGUUUACCAAAGCGGUCAACGCUAAGUUUCCCAUUUAAGUUCUAGUGUGCACAAUAUCUACUUGUUAAUUUGCAGUUGCUUGUCUAUGCAUGAAAUUUAAAUAAUAUGUCUCCUUUGUACUUAAAAUAAAAUAAAAUAAAUAAAUAAUAUGUUGAGGAAAAGUGUCAUUGUAGCCUUUCAUCAUGGGAAAGGUCAUAGUGAGAUUCAUGAGUUUCAUUUGACUGCUCAUCAAUUUUUAAUGUAG